AUGUAUGUGAUGAAGGAUGAACAAAGCAGUGGUUCUGUGCCAAUUGAGAGGAACCGAGAAGGUGAGGCGAUAGCAAUCAUUAUCAAGCCGUUGAAGCUGCGUCUUGAUGACGAGAGCAGAAUUAUGUAG